CCACAAGAAGGCCUUUUAUCGAUGGACUAACAACCUCAUUCUUUUGACACUGCGAAGUGCCUAAUCUGGGUGAGAGGAUGAAGGUAGUGGUGUGACGGUGGCCAUGGGACUGGAGAGACACUGGGCUCUGGCAAUCACUGCUGCUGCUGUCCUCUGUCUACUGGGUGACUCCCAGUCUGCUGAUCCGGUGGUGCGGGCCCGGGUGGGGGGGUUCGCGGAGCUGGGCUGCAGUCUCACCCCCCCCUCUCAGGGCGCCUCCAGCCCCAACCUGGUGCCUCUGCACGUGGUGGAGUGGGUCCGCCUGGGCUACAGCGUGCCCGUGCUCAUCAAGUUCGGCGUCUACACCCCCCGCGUGCACCCCAACUACAGAGGCCGAGUGUCCCUCUCUCGGGGAGCGUCUCUGCGGAUCGAUGGCCUGUCUCUGGAGGACGAGGGCUGGUUCGACUGCCGCAUCCUUCUGCUGGACCAGCCCACCGACGAGUUCCAGAACGGCACCUGGACCUUCCUAUCCAUCACAGCUCCCCCGUCCUUUGUCCAGAAGCCCCCCUCUAAGGUGGAGGUGUUGCUAGGAGACCCCGUCAUCCUGAGUUGCGGCGCCCAUGGCAACCCCAAGCCCACCGUCUCCUGGAGGAAAGGGGACAUCCCCGCAGAGGAGCACGAGGCCAUCAAGGUGCUCAAUGGAACUCUGUCCCUGGCCAAGGUUACCCGGGAGACAUCAGGACUCUACAAGUGUCACGCAUCCAACUCAGAGGGCAAUCUUACACACAGUACCCAGCUGGUGGUUAAGGGUCCCCCGCUCAUCGUCAUGGCGCCAGAGGACACCUCCAUGAACAUGUCCCAGGAUGCAAUUCUGCAGUGCCAGGCCGAGGCACACCCCGCCAACCUGACGUACGAGUGGUGGAAAGAUGGAGAGAACAUCUACCACAUAGAGACUCUGAAGUCGCGGGUGAAGGUCAUGGUGGACGGAACUCUCCUCAUCUCUGGACUCAUCCCGGAGGACUCUGGGAACUACACCUGCGUUCCCACCAAUGGGCUGCUCACGCCACCCUCUGCCUCCGCCUACCUCAGAGUUAAACACCCAGCGCGGGUGGUGCGGAUGCCCAGGGAGACGUACCUGCCGGCGGGCAUGGAGGGGGUCAUCGAGUGCCCCGUGCAGGCCGAGCCGCCCAUGCUCUUCGUCAACUGGACCAAGGACGGGGACAGCCUCGACCUGGACCAGUUCCCUGGCUGGAUGGUGAACUCUGAGGGCUCUGUGUUCAUCACGACGGCCAAUGAUGACGCUGUGGGCAUGUACACCUGCACGGCCUACAACAGCUACGGUACCAUGGGGCAGUCUGAGCCCACACAGGUCAUUCUACAGGACCCCCCUGCGUUUAACGUGACGCCGCGUGCCGAGUACCUGCAGGAGGUGGGGAGAGACCUGCUGAUCCCCUGCAGCGCUGCUGGAGACCCCACACCCAACAUCACCUGGGCCAAGGUCGGUCCGGUUCCGCGUUCUCCGUACGCGUUGUUGUCCAACGGUUCUCUGCUGCUGAAGCCGCUCAGUAAGGACCACCAGGGAGGAUGGGAGUGCCGCGCCAGUAACCGCGUAGCAACCGUCACCGCGGGAACAGUCGUCCUAGUUCUGGGUACGAGUCCCCACACCGUGUCGUCUGUGUCGGUCGUCACGGAGAUGCAUGUGGCCAACGUGUCGUGGGAGCCCGGCUUUGAUGGAGGAUACACACAGAAGUUCUCUGUUUGGUUCAAGCCGACGGAGCGGGCGAAGCACGAGUGGCAGUCCCUGCCGGUGCCCACGUCCAAAACUCACCUGCUGGUGCCCGGGCUGAUGGCCGGAACCAGCUACCAGUUCAGCGUUCUGCCGCAGAACAAGCUGGGCUCCGGACCCUUCAGCGAGAUCGUCACCGUCAAGACCAUAGCCCCACCCACAGAUCCACCUACUGUUGUUUCCACGGUAGCUGUGCUGGAUCCGCCCACAUCGCUGUCAGUCAACCGCACCUCUGAGGGGAUCCUGCUACAAUGGGUCCCGCCCCCAGAGGACUCUCUACCAAUCACAAGCUUCGUCCUGCAGGCCCGUCUUGAGGGGGGGAAGUGGGUGACGCUGGACGGAGCCAUCAACGCCAGCAGCAGUGACAUGGUGGUGCAGGGGCUACUGAAGGACUCUCUGUAUGACCUGCGGAUGCUGUCACGGAGAGACCAGCUGGUCAGCGAGCCCAGCCAAUUAGUGAACAUCUCCACCUCAGGGAUGGACGUGUACCCGGCGCGUACGAGCCUGCUGGCGUUGAUCCCAGAGCCGCUGCUGGCGGGUGUGAUCGCGGGCGUGUGCUUCCUGCUGGCCACCAUCGUGCUGUCCCUCGUCACCAUCUGCAUCAUGAGCCACCGCAGGGACAGGAAGAAGCGCAAGAGGAGAGACGAUAUUCCGCCGGCCUUCCGGAAGAGUCCAUCCCCAGAGCCCCGCUCUCCCUCCAACAGCCCGGACAGCGUGCUGAAGAUGAAGCUGUGUCCCCCGCUGUCCUUCUUCCCCUCCUCCUCUUCCUCCUCCGACCGCUCCUCCUUCGACAAGGGCAGCCGCAGCGAGUACCACGACCAGCGCAAGCAGCUCCUGUCGGGCACCUCGCCCCCGCCGCGCUACACGCUCUUCGAGAGCCACCUGGGAGGGUCGCCCUCCGCCACCUCCGCCCUAGAGUCCAUCGCCCGCGGCCCCGACGGACGCUUCGUGGUCCAGGCCUACGCCGCCGGGUCCAGCCCCGCGGCGCACGUGAAGCGCAGCUUCGAGAGGGACUUCCCGCAGUCCCCCGGGAGGGGAUCGUUCCGGGACUCUCCGUCCCGAGCCGGGCGGCCGGACGGCGAUCGGGAGGAGGAGCAUCGCUGCUCUCCGCUGGCGCUGUCGGUGGACGCGGCGAUGAUGUCGCCGCACCUGGACAAGCUGGCCGAGUCGCCGGGGCGGGUCAGAGCCAUGGCCCGCAACUUCUCGCGCCACGGCUGCUUCCACUCGGACGACGGGCAGGCCGGGUCAGAGGCGCUGCUGGAGCGCGCCAGCUUCUACUCGGACAACGGCGAGGACCGGCUCCGCCAUUCCCCCCGCCGCUACCGCGGGCCGGCUCACCCCGAGGACCUGCUGCCCGGUCUCGCCCGCCGCGCCCGCUACCGGCCCACGGAGGCGGACGGCCCGCUGAGCCCCGACGCCACCCAGCUGACCCACCUGGAGGCCGAGAGCGACGACGGCGAGCCGAGCGGCGGCGGACUGACCCGGCGGCAGCGGCUGGCGCGGCGGGAGCGCGAGGAGACGGAGCGCGAGCUGGACGGCUACACCUGCGGCCUGCGCCUGAGGGACCGGGUCAUCACGACUCAGCAGCAGCGCCGGGCCAAGUCCGUCAGCCCGCUGCGCUCGUGCCGCAGCCCAGAACCGGCGGACGCCGCGGACGCCACGGACGAGCCCGUGUGGAAGCCGCAGGAGGCGAACCUGCGCCCGCGUAGCGGCCAGCGUCCCAGCAGCCUGGCGCACCGCGUGUCCGACUACCGGCGCGGACGCUACUUCGGCGGCAGCACCAGCAGCCCCAUGGAGCGGGCACUGCCCACCUCCGCCUCCUACAUCACCUGGGACAUCAGCCCCGUCAGCUCACCCACCAGCCUGGUGCCCCCGCCGCCGCCGCUCAGCCUGUCCGAGGGCAACACGCCCCUUGCCCCGCGCCCGCUCUCGGCCCUCAGGGUGCCCCCCCAGGAAGACCUGUCCGCCACCGGCCACGAGCACGAGCUGUCCCGCACGCCGGUCACCCAGUGCACCUCCCUCUCGCUGCUCCCGCCCUCCUCCUCCUCCUCCUCGCACAGCGCCGUGAACUCUGACCUCAGCAGCGGACGCAGCCGGAGGCCCGAGCGGCGCGGCGAGAGGGUCCAGGCGGAGGUUCUGACGAGGCGGUCGGCGGUGGCGGACCUCAGAGACCCGGAGUCGUCGUCGGGAACGCCGGCCUCUCCGGUGUGCAGCGAUCCUCUGCAGCCGGUGUGCGAGAGCGUGCGGCACUUCGAGGCCGAGCAGGAGCGCGUGGCGUCCACCAGUCCUCGCUCCAGCCGGCCGCCGUCUCCCGCCACGCCCGCGCCGGACGAUUCGGCCUCAGACGAGGAGUGUCACGGCAACACCAGGCCCAGCCGCACCCCGUCCAGCUACUCCACGCUGCCCUACGAACAGCAGCGGUCAGCCGGCCGGGUCAAGUCGCCGGCGAGCGGCGGUGGCGGGCACGGCGACAGCCCCACGGCGGAGGACUCGGAGCGGGAGGCGGUCAGGGCUCGGUCCAGGAAGAGCGAGCGGCUGGCGUUCGGCGGGAGCCCGAGCCGCGCCUCUCCGCUGACCCUGCUGGAGAACGAGAGCGUGAGCGUCGUGAGCGUCGUGAGCGUCGUGAGCGACCGGUCCACCUUCUCGUCUCGCGUGUCCGAGGGCACGAAGGCCCGGCUGGCACCGCCACCACCGCCGCCGCCGCCGGCCGCCCGCUUGUCCCCCGUGCAGACGAGCGCCAUCCUGGAGUACCUCAGCAUGCCCGGCUUCAUCGAGAUGAGCGUGGACGAGCCCCCGGACGACGACGACGGCGACCCCACCCCGACCCCGACCGCAGACUCGUCCGAGGCGUCCUCUCUGCUGACCGGCGAACCCGACGUGGUGCCCAGGAACUGGGGGGGGCACGCGCUGGACGAGCCCCCGCUUGACCGCUCGCAGGGGCCGAGCGCAGCCGCGGCGGCGGUGGCUGUGGCGGUGGAGCGCAAAACUCUGACCGUCGUGCCCGUGGGCCGGCGCGGUGAUGAUGAUGAUGAUGAUGAUGAUGAUGGCCCCGAGAUGAUGCCAGCGCAGAGGAGUCCAGUCGCGUCCGGUCGUCACGGCGCCUCGCGUCGCCGUCCAGCUCCCGAGUCCAGAGGCGCAGGAGACGAAGAGGAGGAGGAGGAGGAGGAGGAGGAGGAGAGGCGGCCGGACAGCACCCAGCCCCUGAUCUCCGUCAAGACGACGACGCGGCAGAGUCCCGUCCGGCAGGCGCAGAGGAUGGGCUCGGACCUGGCACACACGCUGGUCAGCGCCGCGCGGAGCGUAGCCGCAGUGGCCACCCGCGGUCCGGAGCGGUCCGAGCGUUUCGAGCGGUCCGAGCGUUUCGAGCCGCGGUCCGAGCGUUUCGAGCGUCUGCCGCUGCAGUCCAGCCAGUCCGGGAUGGAAGUGGAGGAUCCGCCGAGAGAACGCUCGCGGGAGCCGGCCAGCAGGACCAAUAAGAUCGCCUCGCGCAUCUGCCAGGCGCCCGUGCCCUUCAUGAGGAAGUCCGUGAGCACCGGCCUCGUGCCCCCGCGCCCCUUCCUCAAGAAGUCCGUCAGCCUGGGCACGCAGAGGUGGGCGCCGCUCGACGACCCGAGGGCGUACGUCUCCGAGCGCUACUACGAGCUGCCGCACCCCGAGGUGCGGGUCAAGUCCUACAGCCUGGGACGGAUGCCACCGCCCGGCUACGGGCGACCCGGAACCUUCUGGCACGGCAUGAUGAUGCCCUUCCAUCGGCAUGGCAGCGGUAGCCUGGAGCGCCAGCAUCCAAUCGACAGACCCUAUCCCAUGGACCGGCCUCACCCCAUGGAUCGCCCGUUACCGAUGGACCGGCCGCACCCCUUGGAUCGCCCGUUACCGAUGGACCGGCCGCUACCGAUGGACCGGCCGCACCCCUUGGACCGGACCUUCCCGGUCGAGCACCGCCACCACCCUGCAGACAGACCCUACCUCUUAGACCGCUCCUACCCGCCUCUUGACCGCCACUACCCCCCCGAGCGCCACUACCCCCCCACAGACCGGCCUUACCCCCCCCACCGCCCCUACAUGCUCCCCUCCUACCUCAGUCCUGCCCCCCCCAUCAUGGAGGACCCUCGGCUCGCCGACCCCCCCAUCUCCACGCGGCACGACUGGCCAGACCCUCGCCGGCAGGCCGCCGUCUUCCCCGACGCCUCGCGCUGCCCGCUCACCUACCAGGAGACCCUGCGGGCGGCACAGCACAAGUACGUGCCCCUGGACCCCUCCUACCCCCUCCUGCCCCCGCGCCCGGGCCCGGGCGGCCCCAAGUACCCCCGGCGGCCCGCCGACCCCCGCCUUGACCACCAGAGGGCGCAGCUGCCGCAGCUGCCGCGCGGGUACAGCUGGCCCUCGCCGUACCAGCCUGCCCCGUACCCGCCGCGGGAGCUGGACUUCCCCCGCGAGCCUCACGAGCUGGAGCGGGCGCCGGUGCCCAGGGAGGUGGAGUGCCUGCGGGAGAGCCGAGAGGGCCGCGCCAGCUGUGCCAGCUUCGCCAGCCAGAGCAGCGGGCGCGGCAGCGGCAGCGUGGGGCCCUACGGGCACCUGCGCCAGUCCGUCUCCAUGACGCCCACGCUGCUCAGCUCGCCCGAGACCACCGAGGAGAGCCAGCGGCUGCUGCUGCCGCCGCGGCGGCCCGACGCCGAGUUCCGCAACCGCCGCGCUCAAAGGUGA